UCCAAAAUGGCUUCUGACGAAGAUGUGCCUCCUCUGGAGGAUAUGUCGGAGCUAAUCCAACAAGUGGAUGCUCUCAGAGAGCUAAAGAAAGGACAGCAGCUUAGCAGACCUCUUCAAAAUGGGCAUGGAGAUACAAAAGUACCAAAUGGUAGCGAACAGGCUAAACAAAAUGUUAAAGCAGAACAUCAGAAAGAUGCUGCAUCUGUAAAAAUACCUCAGCCAGACACAAAAGACUCUAAACCAAACACUUCUUUAAAAUCCACUCCUACAAAUAUAUCAUCAGCAUCAUCACCAUCAGCAUCUGCUUCAUCAUCGGCCACUGCAAGCUCAACAUUUGGUGGAUUGAAGAAAGGCUUUCUGUUUGGUGGGGCUCCAGAAAAAGCAGCUGUCAAAAAGCCAGAUGCUGCUGCACAGCAAACAAAGACUGCAACAGCAUCGAGUGAUGUUAAAACAUCUGAGGAUAUUCCAUUUGUGAAAAAGACUGAUUCUCAAAAAUCUGGCUACCGGUUUUCUGAAGUGCAAGAAGCCAUGGCUAAAACUAAUGAAAAAUUAAUGCAAAAUAAAGAAUGGGUAACAGACGAUUUACUCACUAAAUUAGAAAAAAAUGAGAAAUUAGCAAAACGAUUACAGGACCCCACAUUUGUCAGAGCCAUAGGAGAGUUCCAACAGAAUCCCCAACAGGCCCUCUUGAAGUAUGGAGAGAACAAGGAAGUGCAGGAAUUCUUCCAAGACUUCUGCGGCCUCAUGGGUGAACAUUUCAACAAGCUUGCCGACAGCACCAGUGGCCCAGGUUCAGCCCCGCCUCCAGUUCCCAACCCCCAGGCAACCAUAUCCAGCAGGACCCCCCAGGGUGGGGCGGACCUGUCCGUACGUAGCAGCACCAACCCCCGACAGGCCACUGCUCAAGAUGAGGCUCGAAUGCAGGAGAUUCUGUCUGACCCGGAAAUUCGGGAAAUACUUGUGGAACCAAAGAUUCAACAAUUGUUUGAGAGCUUGAGAAAUAAUCCUGCAAAUUCCCAAAGGAUACUACAGACCUCAGAUCCAUCCAUGAGGGCCAAGAUCCACAAACUGGUUCAAGCCGGCUUGCUGCAGUUCCAGGGCUGAAAGAUCCACAAACUGGUUCAAGCUGGCUUGCUGCAGUUCCAGGGCUGAUUGUCACAAUAUAUAACAAAGUGUAAAUCCUGCUCUCUGUGAUAGAUCAUGUGACAUAUCAUGUGAUAGAUCAUGUGACACAUCAGCUAAUGUCAGACCUACUCACAGCCGCUCCCUGCUACAGGCAUUUGUUUUGUGUCAUAUGUUACAUUGCUGUGAGGCAACUUUGCAUGCAUUCAAAACAGGGCCAGAGAGCUGAAAACUCAAAGCAGCAACUAAAGCUAAUAGUGUUUUUUAUAUAUUUUGGUUUAACCCUUUGCAUGCUGGGAAAUUUGUCGUCUGCUAAAAUGUUGUCUGCUGAAUUUCUAAAAUAAGCAUUUUCUUCAUUUUUUUUUUAAAGAAUACUAUCAGAAUAGCAAACAGUUUGGAUCCUGAUGAGACGCCAUGAUCCAAACUGUUUGCAAAGGCCUGCAAAAUUCGGUUCCAGCACUGAAAGGGUUAAGAUAUAACUGUAAAUGAAAUAAUCAAAUUUUAAUCUAUGUUUUUGUUGUAAACUCAUAAAAAGUUUGAAUUUUUUUCAAAUGUAAGAUAAUCAUAUUGCUUCUUGAAUGUUAUUUAUGUAUUUACUAAGCUGGCUCAAAUGUCAGUUAGGUUUUGGUCAACUGAGUCCAGCAAUAGAAUGAUAUGGCUUGUGACAGCUGCUCAUGAUACAUUAUGGUUGUAACAAACUUUAACCAUAUAAUAAAUUGUGUAUGUAACUGGUUGCACAAUCUCACAUGGGAUUAAUAAGUCUAAAUAAUUUGGUCAUCUAUGACACUAAUGAGGUUAAAGAAAGGUUUAUAUGCUUUAUGCGCCAUAGACUGCAGGUUGUAUACUGAACUUCAUUUGUAAUUUUUAUGAAACUUACUAUUUUACAUGAUAAGGCUCAGCCUAUCUGUAUUAUAUAAACUGUUAUUAACUAAACAACGCUUUAACAACUUUACUCCUAAAAGAACACUUUCUGAGAAAUGGUUUAUUAAAAUCGAUAUUCCACCGAAUCCAACAAAUUUUCAUUAUACUUUAUGCUUUUUUUCACAGUUUAUAUACAUUGUUAAAGAGUUUAACUAACGAAUUUCGCUGAGACAAUACGUCAUUUAACAGUAAACAAGGAAAAUUAUCGAUCAUUUUCACUGAUAAUUUUCACUGUUUGAAACAGUGAAAUUAUCAGUUAUAAUUCACUGAUGUUUCUCUAUAAACCACUGGAAAGCAUAUAAUAAAUUAUAUGUCUAUUGUUCACUGUAAUUAGGUUGCAAAACUACUAGACUGUUUUGCAAUAAAUUGCCAUCAUGAACACAAAAACUGAUAUAAUAAUAUUGUAAGCAUGAGUUGUCAAUUCAAAUGUUGGGUUCCGUGCAAAACAUUACGUAAAUGAACUCUUAUUUUACAAAAAUUACUUUUUUAACAUUUGUAUUACAUGUAUUUAUACAAUUUUUUACAGCCAUCUGAAAGUGUUUGAUUAAAAAUUAUUGUCCCGUAAUGGUUAAAAACUUGCCUGUAGUAAUUACAGUUGAAGUACACAAGGUGGUAUGUUGACCUGCACACAAAUACUGCUUAAUUAUUGAUCUUCAAACAAAUACAAAUUAACAAUUAGAUGGUUUUACUUAAUUUUGUUUUAAAGAUAUUUAGUUUCUAUUACAUAAUGGAAAAUCAUUCUUGCUUGUCAGUACAUUCUAAAAUAUUGUCAGUUAGAGGUCAAGUUGCAUUAGGCAGGGGAAAUGUUAACAACCUAACACUCUGAAACUAAAUGCAAGUUUGUUACUGACAAUAUUGUCAGUAAUAUGUUGUGUUUAUUACUUAUAUGUAAAAAACUCUGAUAUAUUUAUCAAGGAUAAUAAACAAUUAAAACGUU